CGCCGCACCGCCGCGGCAGCCACUGCACCCAAGACCCUCGCGCGCCGCUUCCUCGGCGCCCUGGCCCGGCCUUUCGACGCCGACACCGGCCGCGACCUGGGCAUGAUGGCCACGCAGUCUGACAUAAUGCAGGCCGCGGACAGCUACGGCGGCAUGCCCACUUACGCCGCCACCCAGCGCGCGCAGGCGCGGACCCAGAUGGCGUCGUACGGCGGCUACCCUUACACCGGCAACUGGCGCCGCCACUGA